AUAGGUUUGUUUUUAUCGUGUGUUCUGUGGUUUGUAUACCGACUUGCAAAAAUAUUUUUAUGUUUUGCUUUUAAAGUGUUUGUGUCGAUUUUUUACAUUUAUCUCCGAAAAAAAUAUGAAUUUAGUUUUAAGGCAAGUGCUAUCGAGGCAAACCUUUAAACUGUGCGAUAAAAUUUCGAACAAAACUUUACAUAAACAUCUAAAUGUAACCUCAACAUGUACUGUUACACAAUUCAGAAAUUAUUGUGAAGAACGUGUAGAAUCGAAAAAAUUGCCACCGUUAAUGGAAUUCCCACCUAUAGUGUGGCCGUCCUUUAUCAAAUUCAUAAAAAAUUGGAUGUUUUCAAACUUCAUAAUUCGGCCGUACCUUGAACCAGAAUUUAGCUUAGCAGAGUUUAUUGAGGCUUCCAAACAUGCUGUUCAGGUUGUUUCAGAAGCCUUACAAAAAAGUGAUUUCAAAGCUUUAGAAGGUCUUGUAGACAAAGAUGCUAUCGAGGCACUGAAGACUGCUGUAUCACAGUUAUCAGUGUCACAAAGACAGCUACUUGGCAUUGAUAAAGAAGAUAUAUUUUAUGCCUUCCCUUACCAGGUUGGUGUAAUUUUUGAUGACUCUGAAAAGCGAUGGGUUGAGAUCACUAUGUGUUAUCAUGUGCUAAAAGGACUCAAAAGCUUACAAGAAUCUGGAGAUUUACCUCCUAUAUCAUUGGGUGUCCAGCCAGAGUUCCAAGACAAGAUAUUCAUCCUUAACUACAGAUUCAUAAGAGAGUUCACAAAAGGUGUAGAAGAUAGCUGGUGGGUCAACAUAGUAAACCAUUUUCAGCCACAAACACUUGUCAAAAAAUAAUCUUUACUUAACCAAUGAUAAUAGAUAAGCCAAACUGGAGUCACCUGAAUUUUAUUAAAUAAAAGUAAAUAAAUUGUUAAUUAUUAUUGAUUCUUUUAUUUUGACUUAAAAUAUCACAGCAUAUUCAAAUUCAUUUAUUGAUUCUUUAUUUUUUUUUUCACCACAACUAUAUUAUUAAAUUAAUUAUUAUUAUUUUAUUUCUUUUAUUUAAAAUAAUUGACUUAAAAUAUUACAACAUUUUCAAAUUCAUUUAUUACUGCCUUAAUUUUUGUCACCACAACUGCUGCAUCUCCUGUGAAUAUAUUUGUCCAUUUAUAAACUUGUAAUUAAUCAUAAUUUAUAUACUUAAUAAUAUUUUAUAUUACCUUUAACUGGGUCAUAUAAUGAUCUUUUAGCUACUCCACAUUGAAUUUUAAUAGGUUUCUGCUGUCUUAUUGAAUUCUCAACAUCUGUAAUAUGUAAAAAAAUCAAAUAAAACAGCUUAUUGAAGCUCAAUAUUUUCGAAACAUCACUUUAUACUCACCACCAUGAACUUUGUCUAAUAAACUACUGAUAUCUAAAUCAUCUCCCAAUCUUGUACAAAGAGAAUUCACAUAUUGACUACUUCCAGGCAAUAUUUUAUCAGUAUCUCCAGUUUUCAGCUCAUAUGUGACAUUUUCAUCUAUUGUUGUAGAGCAUUCUAUUUGUAACACUUCAUAAGCCGCUUGAGAAGACUGUGUAGAAUAAGCCACUAGGAGAUUGUUGUGAAUUGUGUAUUCUUCUAUGUUUGAUAGUGACUCAAACAGUUUAGGAUUACUACACCUGAAAUUUUACUGUACCAUAAUAUAUUAAGCACUUUAAACUGUUAGUCUAAAACGCAAAUCAUUGGAAAUUCAAUUUUGUAACAGUAUUGGAACAACACUAUUGUACCUAAUUACAGUUAAUACAAAUUCAAGAAUACCUAUCUAAGUUCAUCCUACACAUGUCCAUUAUCAAAACACAGAGCUCGAUGUUACAUUUUUCCAAUCCUUUCAAAAUGAAAUUCUCUGUGAUACAGUGGAUUAUUUCAAUAUUUUCUGUUGGGCAAUCUAUGCAGAGCAGAAAUUUAGUAUUGCACAAUUCACAACCAUGUCCUGCAUAAAAGAUAAAACCUGAAAAUUAUAAGAACACAUAUUCAUCUGCUGCUUACAACAAAUGUAUAAUUUCAUAAAGAAAUUAUAUUUCUAUAACUGAUUAUUAAGCUUAAAACAUAAUUAACUUACAGUAAGAAUCUUCAGGGAUCACAUCAAACAAUUUGACUAAUACUCUUUUUAAUUCUGAGCUCAAUAAAUUUUUCAAAGUUAAUACAAUGAAUCCUAAAUUUUUCAAACUAGCAGCAAGAGAGUCACAAUCUACAGAUGGUGUGGCCAAUUUAGAUAGAUUAUUAUAUCCGCUGUUAGCUAUUAAUAUUGCAAUUUUCGCCUGCGGUUUAUAGUAAGUCACUAUGGUUUUAACUUGAUGUGAUGUUGCGAGAAAUUGUUUAUAUUGAGCAGCAUUGUAGCCACGACGAUAUAAAUAUUUCAUCAACUUUUCUCCAGGUUGAUUUGUGUCACUAAACGUUAUCCUAAAAUCCAAAACAUUUUAUUUAUCAAGUGUUUAAAAUAAAAUAUUACAUAAAAUUGUAAAAUAUUACAAGUGUAGACAGAAGGGCUUACUUCAGGUUCGCUAAAUCUGCAAUAAUUUCACAUUUUUCUUUCGUGAACGAUAAAGCAUGUUGAUAUUCUUCAUAUGACAAAUUAUUAAGUAAAGACAUUUUUCUUUAAUAAACAUUUAAUUAUUUUAAUUAUUACACUAUUUUUUUCCUAGAUACGUAGGUAGCAGUCACAGAGCCGGGUGACACUGUAGUAUAAAAUUAAAAUUUUUAUUUUUG